CUCUCUCUCUCUCUCUCUCUCAAACGGCGCCGUUUAAACGGCGUCAACGAUCGGAUCGAGACCAAAAAUGGACGCCGCUCUGUUCUCCCCCUCCUCCCUCUUCCACGGCGACGGCGACAGCGACGGCGACGGAGAGGAUGAGCAACAACAACUCCAUGUGGAGAGAACCCAUGCGUUUCCUGGAAUGGAUCUGAAAAUAAGGGAAUUUUCAUUUCAUCAGCUAAAUGCCAAUUUACUGUGGCCUGGGACAUUUGCGUUUACCGAAUGGUUAGUUCAGAACCAAUCCCUUUUGCAUGGACAACGCGUCUUGGAAUUGGGGAGCGGAACUGGAGCUUUGGCCAUUUUCUUGCGAAGGUCUUUUGGGGUCGACAUCACAACCUCUGAUUAUGAUGACAAGGAAAUAGAAGAAAAUAUAGCUUAUAACUGCAGCGCUAAUGGGUUGGAUGUGUUACCUCACGUCAGGCACACAUGGGGAGACACUUUUCCAACUUUGGAACCAGAUUGGGACUUGGUUAUUGCCAGCGACAUCCUAUUAUAUGUAAAACAGUACGCAAACUUGAUCAAAACCCUUUGCUUUCUUCUGAAAGCAUACAGACCAAGAGAUAGUAAUACAGGUUCUGGAAAUUCACAUGAUAAGAGAGCUAUUACCAUAUCAGGAAAUCAAGUGCAAUUACAGGCACCAACUUUUUUAAUGAGUUGGCGACGAAGGAUAGGCAAAGAAGAUGAAGCAAUUUUCUUCACCGGAUGUGAAGAAGCUGGUCUUGCGGUACAACAUCUUGGAUCCCGUGUGUACUGCAUCAGCUCAAGAAAAAAUGUUUAAUAUUCGACAAAAUUUGCUGAUUCCAAGGGUUUCCAUGCUGCAAGUUCAGAUUUGUAUAACAGAGGCCCUCUAUAUGAAGUUACUAAUCUUUAAUGCUACCAAGAUAUUGGGGAAUUUUGGAAUGGUCGUCGGCCACGGCUAAUGGCCGUCGACACUGACGGCGAUGUUUGUGGGUACAGCAUUCCACUUGUUCCUGCAAACUCCGAUCUCCCGCAAAAGCAUAUUUUAAAUCUAGUUGGUGUGAGCAACCCCAAGUAGACGGGGAGAAUUUUCAGUAACUUUUCUUUAUUUCGUGCUGGGCACUUUUGAGCCUUCUAUAUCGGCCUUGUAAUGUCGCAGCUCUAAUUAAAGAGCAAACGUAACAAAUUUUGAUGAAUUUUAUUCCUAUUUAUUAGCAUAAUAAUAUAGCUGUGUUGAAGAGAUUUGCUUCGCACCCAUCUUGCCCUUA